UCCGAGCACCUGGGCCACCCUCCGCUGCUUCCGCAGGCCAUGAGCAGGCAGCUGGGUCAGAAAUGGAACAGCUGGGACUUGAAUCAGCACCCAUUUGGGAUGCCAGCACCAGGAAGAGAGGCAGCCAAGUCUUCCUGCCGGGAGACGAGGGCGGCCAGGCUGAGCCCACGGGAGUCGGGAAGGCUUUCCCGUGACUGCAGGUUGGGAAGAGAAAUUGUCGCCUCCCCAGCUCAGGCAAAGGCACGCUGCCCACAGUCGCGAGGAGCCGCCGGCGCCACGCCACGCCGAGGAGACGAAGCCGCAGUAACCCCGCAAACCCAUCACUCGGAUUCCCCGCACCGAGUUUUCGCGAGGACCAAGCCCGGGACCAACGCUGCCGCCCGGGCCACCCCCGGUUCCGCCGCGCCGCCGCCCGCGCCCGCCCACGAGGGCCGCACGCGACACCGCGAACCCCGCGCGUCCGUGGGCUCGAGGACCCCGGGCGGCCGAAGUGUGCUGUCAGUCAGCACUGACCGCUUCUCGCCAGGCCACGCGCCGGCCCGCUGGGUGGCCAAGGGGGCCAGGGAGAGCGAGCCAGACGCCCCGCACAGCGGGAGGCGGCGGACCCCCGGCCCCGCGCAGGGCCCUGGCGAAGGAAGCGUCCAGAGCCGCGGGCAAAGCGAAAGCGAGUUUCUGAUCGCGGACCCCGCGCGUUCACGAGACCGGGGAGCCGGGCGCCCGUCGGCGGGACCCUGCGCACCGGCCCGAGGGGGGGCAGCACGGUUUCGGGGAAAGGGCCCUCGGCCCCGACCGGCGCGCGCCGCACGCAGGGCCCCGCCGACCCACGCCUCCCAGCCUAGGCCGCCCGGAGCGCGCGCGCGCGCGAGCGCGGGACCCCUGCCGCGGCUGGGCCUCCGCCUCCAGGGGUCCCGCAGGCCGCCCCCCCGUCCCGAGAGCACCAGCCGCCGCCGCCUCCCUCCAGCGGGCGCUCCAGUCCCGCUCCCGGCCACCCCAGCCGCGGCCCGCCCGGGUCCCACGGGCGCCCGGCUCCCCAGCACUCACCGCCGGGCGGCCUCUGGGCCGGCGGGGCCCCGGCGAACAGCGGGGGCCGGGACCGCCGGGCACGCUCGGGGACGCGCGAGCAGCACACUCGGGGGCGCGCUCCCGCACCGCAGGGGCCCCCAGGACACACGCACGCGCAGACGCGGGCCGCGCGCCGGGCCGGCUCCGCGGCGGACGCGAGCGCGGGAGCGCGAGGAAUCCCUGGAAUGA